CUCUCAGCAGAGCAUUUCCAAGGAUCGUGCAAAUGGCUUUCACCGAGAAAGACUUCUAUGCUGGACAUUUCAAUCCAAAAGACUAUUUGGACACCUAUUACACCUUCAGCUCUGCAAAAGAACACGAGAAUGGCUUUUUGAUUUUCUAUCUGAAAAAUCUCCACCAGGCAUUCAUUUUAGAUGACAUAAAAGGGGACACCCUGAUUGAUAUCGGAAGUGGACCGACCAUCUACCAGUUCCUCUCAGCUUGUGAGUCCUUUGGAGAAAUCAUCGCCACAGAUUAUUGUGAACAGAACUGGGAGGAGAUGCAACGAUGGCUAAGGAAGGAGCCAGGAGCUUUCGACUGGAGCCCGGUGGUGAAAUAUGUGUGCGAGCUGGAGGGUAACAGGGAAAAGUGGGAAGAGAAGGAAGAGAAGGUCCGAAGAGCCAUCAAGCAGAUACUGAAAUGUGAUGUGACCCAGCCAAGCCCAUUGGGCCCUGUGUCUCUGCCUCCCGCAGACUGCUUGCUGUCCUCCUUGUGCCUGGAAUCGGCCUGCAAAGACCUGCCCACCUUCCGCUCUGCUCUCAAGAACAUCAGUUCCCUUGUCAAACCAGGGGGGCACCUCGUCUUAUGCUCCAUCCUAGAAGAAACCUACUACAAGGUGGGCCAGCAGCCCUUCUCCUGCCUCUACUUGGAGCGGGCAUCUGUGGAGGAAGCCCUCAAGGGGGCAGGCUUUGCUGUCAAGUGGCUCAAUGAGACCAAGAUCAACUUGCCGCUCUCUGUGACGGACGCAAAGGCGGUCUGCGUUGCAGUGGCCCAGAAAUGCCAGAAUUGAAGUAAAGAGCACUGAAAGAAAAGCAGGGCAAAGCAGGAAAUAUUUUGUGGUGGAAUUUGCAAAAAAGUAUUAGUUAUUUCUUUAGAACUUUUAUUUAUGCGACAACAGCAGCUAAAAUAUUAUAUGCACAGAAAUGGAAAGAAGAGAAGGUUCCACCGAAGGAGGAGUAGCUUUUAGAUUUAAUGGACUAUGCAGAAAUGGCAAUGCUGACAGCGAAAUUAAGAGAUCAAGAUGAUGAACUUUUUAUAGAAGAAUGGAAGCCUUUCAUGGACUAUUUAGAAAAAGAUUACACUCAAAUGAAAUUGUGGGCAGGAUUUGAGAUUAAAUAAAUUAUAGUAUAUGCUUUGAUAGAGAGUCUACAUGUCAAGAGUUGUAAAAAAGUUAAAACAGAGUGUGAAAAGACCUUGUUGGGAGAAUCUGUUUACUCAGAUUGUAAGUGUCAAGAAUGUUUGCACAGAAAGAACUCAGCUUUGAGUUUGCCUGGCAGCCAGUAGGCACCCUAUUCUUCCUGCUGAAUCAGGCAUCUAAUUCUGAUCAUGCAGACAUUUUUUUCCUCCAAGAACCUGAAUUAGUCUUCAUCCACACUUCCACUUUUCCCACCACUUCUCUCUCCCCUCCCCCCCGAAAAGUUGCUGUUUACUGCUGAAUUAGAUCAUUGCUUCUCCUGCAGAUUAGCGUUUGUUCUGAUUCAGUAGUAAACAGCAAGGAAUGUGGCAAGGCAAGUGGAAAACCUCUUAGAGCACAGGCUUAGAAAACGACAGAAUAAGUGGAAAUGUGGACAAGCCCUGUGUAAUUUAUAGGCCUGUAGACUCCAUUUUGCAUGCCCUCCAACAUUUCUCCGAUGAAAAUAGGGACGUCCAAUUGCAUAUUGAGAAUUUUACUA